AUGGACUGUUAAAGUAUUUUAUAAGCUAUCACUCUUUGCGUUAAAGCUCAUAGCUAGCAAGAAAUUGUUAGUGGUUAAAGCGUUUUAGAGAAAAGCGCUUUUGAGCCUGGUUACCCUCAAAAAUUGAUGAUGAUUGCUGAUUAAAAUGAAAUUGAAAUUAAUAUCCGCUAAUUUGCAGUUGCUGAUUUAAAGAAUAAUAUCAAGAAAUAUUGGAAUCCUAGGGAUUAAAAGGCCUUCAGAUUCAGUUAAGAAGACAAAACUGUUGUUAGAAAUAACUUGAUGGAUGCUUUGAUUAGAUCUGUUGAAAACAGAAAGCUCUACAAGCUUUACUGUAAAGUUAUUUACGAAGUUUGUGGAUAUGAUUAUCCUGCUCAAUGGCCUAAUAUCAUUUAAGAUGCAACUGCUAGAAUGAUGGCUUCUGAAAAUCCCAGUGAAAUUUUUGGAUGUUGCCUUACUAUUCAAUAGGUUUUCGAUAUUUUGUAAUAUGACAUGUCUGACAAGAGAAAGAAUAUCGAAGAAAUUAUUCCAAUUGUCUUACCUGCCUUUUAAACUCUCAUUUCCAAAUUGAUGGCUAUUUACAACGCUGAUAAUGCUUAUAUCCUUAAGCCUAUGCUUAAAAUUUUCUUUAUGUGUAUCAGUCUUGAUCUCCCCGUUAGUCUCUAAAAUUAUGAAGUUCUUGCUUAAUGGAUUAACUUCUUAAAGCUCCUCAUUGACUCUGAAAUGCCAUAAAAUUUGACUAUUCCUACUUAAGACGAAGAUACCAUUCUUAGUAGAGAUAAGCACCCUCUUUGGAAAAAUAAGAAAUGGGCUGGCAAGAUUUUCCACAAAUUUAUAACCAGAUACGCUAACAGAGCAAUUUGUACUGAAGAAAAAGCAAGUGCUAUUGCUUAAUGGUUAAUUGAUAACCAUAUGGGUAACGUCAUGGAAAGCUUUAUUAAAUAACUCGUCCUUUCCCAAACAACUUUCGUAGGUAAUGCCUGCGUUCAUUUUGGUAUCAAAUUCUUGACCAAGGUCUUCAAGUACAAAGCCUUAUUUGAAAGAUUCUAACCUCAUAUUGAAACUAUCCUUUAUGAAACUCUCUUCCCUUUAUUAUGGAUUAAGCCCAAGGAUAACGAACUCUGGGAAACUGAUCCUACUGAAUUUAUUAGAUAAGAAGAUGAUUUCAUUAACACUGGUUUUGCAAACAACAAGAACUUAGCUAUGGAUUUAAUUAAAAAUAUAUGCUAAAACGAAUUCAGCAAAAAUACUUAUCUUCAUCAAUUCGUCUAGUUCUGUGCUCAAUAUAUUGACACCAACGCUAACCCUCGUAACAACUAACCUCUCAAUCUUGCUAUUAAGGAUGGUAUCUUCUUUGCCGUUGGUUAGUUAAAAGAAGUCAUAUUGAAGGAUGAAAUUCUUAAGAACUAAUUAGAACCUCUCUUAGAAAAGUACGUCAUCCCUGAAUUCCAAAACGCUAAUGGUUUAAUUAAAUCUAGAGCUUGCUGGGUUAUUGGCAAGUAUGGAUACAUGACUUUCCUUAACAACCAAAACGUUAUUGCAUCAGUUCAAGGAAUAAGCAACUGCUUGAAAGAUUAAAACUUACCAGUCAGAUUUAAGGCCGCCUUAGCUCUUAAUACAAUUAUGUCCCAAAAGCAAGCCCAAGAAAUGAUCAAAGGAUAUCUUUCUGAAAUCUUGCGUAUUUACUUAAAGCUUAUGGACGAAAUUGAUAGUGAAGAACUUGUUGCAGCCCUCGAAGGUAUUGUUGAGUAAUUCUCUAGUGAAAUUGGUCCUUUUGCUUAUGAUUUGUGUGUUCACUUAUCUUCUGCUUUCUACAAGUACAAAAGCAAAGACAACGAACCUGAAAAUGACGAUGAUGGUGAAUGCUAACUCGCUGCAGGUGGCUGUCUAGAUGCUAUCGGAAAGAUCCUUAACUCUCCCAUUACUCCUGACGUCCUUAAAAAAUUAGAAGAUGUCGUUUUACCCAUCUUAAAUACUUGCUUGAUUGAUGACUAAUGUGAUUAUAUGGAUGAAGCCCUUUACUUAUUGUAAUAACUUACCUUCAGAUCUACUGCUAUUGAUCCCAGUUCUUAAUUAUGGUUCUACUAUCCUGUUUUGAUUUACAUCGUUAUUGGUAAGGAUGAUGCUGACUUAAAUCUUGCAAAUCACUUAAACUAAGAAUAAAAGCUUUUACUUGAAAGUGCUAUUAAUGGUUGGGGCCCUGAACACACAAACGAAAUCGUUAUCAUCUUGAAGAAUUUCAUUCAAAAGGGAGGAGAUUUCUUCUUCACUGCUAACGACUUAUUUGGAUAAAGAUUUAUUGAUUUAAUUUUCUUGUUUGUCGCUGGAGUUUAUAAAAAAUGUAUUGAAGGAGGUUUCGAUGAUGAUGAAGAAACAGGCAUGAAAAACUGUCUCACAGUCCUUUACUGCUUAAUCGAGAACAAUCUCUAAACUUAAAAGUUAAGCAACGGAGUUCUCCAAUAAAUUAUUUAAUUAACUCUCUAAAAUCUUAAUACCAAUAAAAUUAAGAACGAUGUCAUCGUUGCUAACUUAGAAACUCUCUGCAUGUGUUUCUAUUACAAUUCUACUGAAACUUUUGCUAUUUUAGUCAAUUCUUACGGUAUUCCCAUCGUAUAAGCCCUUUUCUAAAAAUGGUUCAACGUCUUAAAGUAGUUCAAGUCAGAUUUCUCCAAGUAAAGAUUACUACUUGCCUUCACUUCUAUUUUGGGUUGCCCUGCUAUUCCUGAAGAAAUCAAAGUCAUCACUCCCUAAAUUCUUAAGCAAUGUGUCAGCAUUACUUCAGAAAUCGUCAAGCUCCGUGAAGAAGAAGAUUUCGAAGACUGUGAUGAUGACGAAGAAGAAGAUGGCAAAGGAGAAGGAAAAGACUUCCAAUCUACUCUUAAUCAACACAUCUAAAAUGUUUAGAACUACACAAAAUCCCAAGUUUAAGGUGCAGCUGAAGAACUAGAUGAUGAUGACGACUUUGAUGAUGACUUUGAUCCUCUUGACAGAUACAACUACAAUUACAAUUAUAACUGUCCUCUUGAAAAUAUCGAUGAAAUCUUAGUUUUAGAACAAUAACUCUUAAAUAUAGCUCAAACUAAUAGCCAAUACUAUGGUGCUAUAACCUCUAUUUUAACCGAAGAAGAUAAGCACUCUUUGCAAAAUAACAUCCUUGAAUCUAAGAGAUAGUAUGAAGAAUAUUUGAAGUCAAAGUAAGAAAAAGCUUAAGGCCAAAACUGA